GAAGAUGGCGACCCACAGGGACAGCCUUGGAACGGCGGAGGCGGAGGGCAGCGACAGCGGCGUGGGGAGCGCGGGGAGCGCGGGGAUGGAGGUGGUGCUUCUCUCCGAUCCCGCCACCCCCGCCCCGCUGUGCCCUCACGGACCCACUCUUUUGUUUGUGAAGGUGAGCCACGGCAAAGAAGAAACACGGAGGUUUUAUGCCUGCUCCGCCUGUAGAGAUAGGAAAGAUUGUGACUUUUUUCAAUGGGAAGAUGAAAAGUUGUCAGGAGCUAGACUUGCUGCCCGGGAAGCUCGCAACCGAAGAUGCCAGCCUCCUCUGUCCCGGACACAGUGUGUGGAAAGGUACUUGAAGUUCAUCAAGCUGCCGUUGUCUCAGAGGAGGUUCUGCCGGAGGUGUCAGCAGUUGCUGUUGCCGGGUGACUGGGAGGAGCACCAGGAGCACCAGGUCGUGGGGGACAUCUCUAUCACCCAGUUGAAAAGGCCCAGUCGGCUCCUUUCUCCGCUGGAAAAUAAGAAGACAAAUGCCCAGUACCUGUUUGCUGAUAGGAGCUGUCAGUUCUUGGUCGACCUGCUUUCUGCCCUCGGGUUCAGGAGAGUGCUGUGUGUGGGCACACCGCGGUUGCACGAGCUGAUCAGGUUGAAAGCAUCAGGUGACAAGUCUAACAUUAAAAGCCUUUUAUUGGAUAUUGAUUAUCGGUAUUCACAGUUUUAUAUGGAAGAUAGCUUUUGCCAUUAUAACAUGUUCAACCAUCACUUCUUUGAUGGAGAGGCGGCCCUCGAAGUGUGCAGGACGUUUUUACAGGGCGGUGAAGGCGAAGCCGUCAUCAUGGUGGCAGAUCCUCCUUUUGGUGGCUUGGUGGAGCCUCUGGCUGUGACGUUCAAGAAGAUAAUUGCUAUGUGGAAAAAAGGUCAAAGCCAAGAUAACAGUCACGAAGAACUACCCAUCUUCUGGAUUUUCCCCUAUUUUUUUGAAUCCCGAAUUUGUCAGUUUUUUCCAAGCUUCCGAAUGCUGGAUUAUCAGGUAGAUUAUGAUAAUCAUGCACUUUAUAAACAUGGAAAGACAGGUCGGAAACAGUCUCCUGUGCGUAUUUUCACCAAUAUUCCACCCAGCAAAAUAGCCCUUCCUGCCGAAGAAGGGUACAGGUUUUGCCCUUUGUGUCAGCGAUAUGUUUCCCUAGAGAAUCAGCACUGUGAGCACUGUGGCUCUUGCACGUCCAAGGACGGUAGGAAAUGGAACCAUUGCUUUCUCUGCAAAAAGUGUGUAAAGCCUUCUUGGAUCCACUGCAGCACUUGCAAUUGCUGUGCUCUUCCAGAUCAUUCUUGCGAGGGCCCUAAAGACGGCUGCUUCGUUUGUGGUGAAUUAGAUCAUAAACGCAGCACUUGUCCUAACAUCUCUCUUUCUAAGAAAGUUAUCAGCGCUGUGAGAAAGCAGAAGCAAAGAAAAAGUAAUAAGAUGAAAGUGGAGACCGCCACAGGACAGUCCAUGAAUCACGCAUCUGCUACAAAAAAGAAGAAAAGGAGAGAAAGAGUCCAUCAAUAUCUUUGCUCUUAAAUGUCUAGUGACUUGAGAAUAAGAGAGAUUUAUAGCCCAACCUUUGAUAUCAUUUUCUGAAAGUGCCCUGCUGGACUUGAAUGCUGUCACUUUCAAAGGUGUGCACCUUUCUAAGCCACAUAGCAGGCAGGUGAUAUUUGCUAGUUUAUUGGCCCCUUGGCAGCAUCUCUGGGGACCCGGUGAGCUGCCCCAUCCUUAGCUGGUUUGCUGGCUGUCUCUCUGUCUCCUUUCUCCCUCUGAGUCCCUUCUCAUCAUAUUAUUUUAGCCUCUCUUCUCUGACAAGUGGGUGUAUAGCAUUCUUUUGCAGAGUCAGAAGAAAAUGAAAAUGUGAAGUUUUAUUUAUAUAAGAAUAUGUUAAGUAAGAUAAAUGUUUUAAAUUAAAUAUUAAAAUAUUGUACAGUGGCUUAAAGCCCACUUGCAAAGAGAAUUACAAUGACAGUUAUUUUUAGGUAGAAUCUAAAAAUGGUGCAAAGAAUUUUGACAAAGGUUGUCUGAAGAUACAAAGAUUAUAAUGAUGGUUACAUUAUUAAUAAAUAUUUAUUUUUCAA